GUGCUGGUUUUAAUCCAAAAAGACCUAAGUUGCUCGGGCCCAAGUUAUCUCAAAAACAGUGUCUGCCUUUAUGAAACUGUCCAAAGGUGCAUUUGGUGAGGAAACAGGAGAGGGCCUUUUCCGUUGCUGCUCCCAGACUCUGGAACUCCCUCCCACAGGAGGCCAGCUCCAGGGUUCCUUGAAAAGAAAACUGGUGGUUAAUCUGUCACCAUCCAAUAACAAGAGGCUGAAUGGCAUUGCCGACAACUCCCUUCUUGACAUUAAGAGGCUCCGUGUUGGUGAUAAUAACCUUUCUAUGGGACGAGGACACUGUGGUAGCAAUUGCCAAAAUCAAUCCAUGUUGGGAUCCUUGUCAGCUGGUCAAAUUCCUCAAAGGAAGGUCAGCAGCCCAACAAAUAACACCCACUCCAAUGGAAACGGGAUGUUUAACAUGGCUCUAAAAGAGGUGAAGAAAGAGCCAGGAGAAACGCUCUCGUGCAGUAAACAUUUGGAUGACCAGGUAUCCCAAGGCAAUCCUUUUCCUAAUCGAUAUAGGGAAGACACAGGAGAACAAUUAAUGGAUCCAGAACUUCAGGAACUGUUCAAUGAGCUGACCAAUAUUUCUGUGCCACCCAUGAGUGACCUUGAACUGGAAAAUAUGAUAAAUGCCACCAUCAAGCAAGAUGAACCAUUUAACAUUGACCUUGGACAGCAGAUCCAGAGAGCGCCCCCUGCCAGAUCGUCGUCGUCACUGCAGGUGGACAAAAUGGUGAUCAAGCAAGAGUAUUCGCCAGCUCUGAAUCAAACCUCCAUUGGGUCUCCCCAAAUGAGGCCGUCCUCCACGGGUCCCGUUUUCACCAUGUCGACGGCUGCCAUGUCCACCUCCUCACCCAUUCCGUCAGCGCCUCCGACACCUCCCUCCCAAGCCUCUUCCAUUCCCAACCGGCCUUUGGCCAACUGGCAAGAGGUUUCUCAUGCCCAGCAACUGAAGCAGAUAGCAGCCAACCGACAGCAGCAUGCGCUGAUGCAAUGCCAGCAAAACCAAGCCCCCUCUGCCUGGCCUGCCUUGUCCUCUGCAGAGCCUUCUGCUGGGUCAUUUGCUCAGGAGAAAAUUUCCAGCCCUUCAUUCCAGCAGCAGCAACAGCAGUUCAGCCCACAAAGUUCUACCAUGUCCGGAGUCCCGUUAAAUGGGAAUCCACCCAAAGGGAUGAAUAACUACAUCUACCGAUCCAGUGCCAUGUCCCAGGGAACCUCACUAAACGCCAUGAUGCAACAACAAAAGCCUCUUGACCUUGGCAGGGGAUAUAUAGGCAACAGCCAGCUGCCGAUGGAGGAACCUCAAAACAACAUCAAGCCUUUGUUUCAUUUCAACUCGGAGCAAACCGCUCAGCAGAUGCCUCCCAUUCUGAGCUCUCAAAACAAGGCUUCCCUUCUGCACUACGCGCAACAGCAGCCUAGCGCCGUAGCUGUGCAGCAGCAGCAGCAACAACAACAACAUGCACAGCAGCAGCAGCAACAGCAACAACAUGCACAGCAGCAGCAGCAGCAGCAACCUGCUCAGCCCCUGCAAAGGCCACCAAGCAUGCCCUUAGCUUUGCAGCAAAAGAUCAUGAUCCAGAAGAUGCUGCAAAAUCAGCCUGUUUCGGGACUGCAGUACCCUGUUCCUUCGCAGCAUCAACUGGAUCAGCACCCUGUCAUAGGCCAAAACGCAGGUCCCAGUUCCAGUGCUGGCACUUGCACAAAUCCAAAUGCUGGAAGCAGUUACAUAAAUUCACCCCAGCAAGCACUGCUGAAUCAGCAGCUCAAACAGCAACUCCUUUUGCAACAGCAGCAACAGCAACAACAACAGCAACAACAGCAGCAGCAGCAACAGCAGCAACAACAACAACAGAUGAUAACAGAAGUGGAGAAGAUAACUCCUCAAGAUCAAUUGAAUAGACACCUCACAAGGCCACCACCAGAUUAUAAAGACCAAAGAAGGAAUCAGGUCAACAUGCAGCAGUCCCACCAGUAUUCAGGUGGAUCAUCUGCUGUGAGCAUCAGUUCCAACCUGUGCUUUCCGAACACCAUUUCCACUCCUAGCCUCUCGCCACAGGCUUCGAAUCUCCUGUCUACCGCUCAUGGAACCAGGAUGGCUUCCCUUUCAGCAAGCCAUCACAUGAGUUGUUAUGGCAACAUCCCUUGCAGUCCACAAAGUACUUACAAUGUGACAUCUUCGGGAGCGGGCCCAGUCCCACAGCACAGGAACCCAAACCAAAUCAUUGCGGGUCAAAACAACCCUACGGCAUCUCGGCAAGCACCACCUGGGCAAGGCAAUAACUUGUCAGCGUUUGACAGUGGGCAAGGGACCAACUCCCAGCCGGGGAAACCCAGUCUGAACCAGGGGACAUCCACACAAAGACCUCCCAAUGUUAUGGUCAGCUCAAAUUCUGGAGGUCAGAGCUGGGUCUCUCAAGAAACAGGAGCGAAGCAGCAGGAUACACGGAAAGCAGUGGGAUCCCCCUUCCCCACAGGGAGUUCUUAUACAAACCAGCUGCUGCAGCGCGCGGUUACCCACCAGCAGUUUCCUCAACGUACCGCAGUGCCUCCUGACCAAUUGGCCACCAUCCAGAUAAGGACACCCGUGAGCCAAAUGAACCAGACUCUAAAUGGACAAGUGGCCGGGACAUCAAAAUCCCACGGCACAAGGGCUAACCAGGUACGGGCGCAGACGGUGCCCCACUUAAAUCCGCCUGGAGUGGGUAUGACACCACCACAUCCUUUGUCAUCCAAUCACUUCCCUUCUGGUACCAACCAAACAUCUGGCAGGGCUUAUCAAGGAACUGAUCACAACAGCGAUCUAGCGUUUGACUUUCUGAACCAGCAAGGGGAUAAUAUUGGGCCAGCGCUGAACAGCGAUCCGGACUUCAUUGAUUCCUUGUUGAAAACGGAGCCUGGCAAUGAUGACUGGAUGAAAGAUAUCAACCUGGAUGAAAUCUUAGGUGGCCAUUCCUGAGACAAGGCCGUUCAUGACUACAGACUCAUAGUGUUUGGCAUUUGUUUAUGAUUGCUUGUUUGCCCAAAAUACAGUGUUUCCCCUCUGUUUGUAGAGGAAGGGUUGAGUCCACUGGUUUAGAUUCCAGACGUAGUCAUGACAAAGCAGUUUCAUUUGAUCUGCAUAAACAUGACUAAGUCUGGCUCCAAUCUGAAGCUCUGUAAAUGGUUGAAGGACUCCCAAGCGGCUUACAGUGGGAAACAAAAUCAAAGCGAUUGCCAUAUUUAACUAAACUUGGUGUUGGCAAAACACAGUCCUACAAACAUUGUUAGACUGCAGUUCCCAUCGGCUGAAGCCAAUAUGACCAGUGGAGAGGAAUGCUGGGAAUUGUAGUCCAUCAGCAUCUGCCCAUCCCUGAUCUAAACACAAUACCUGCUUUCUGAAGCCAACAUGUGUAACCCUAUAUUUACCUUUAUAUAUCUGAGUGGUGGCAAGGGGCAAAAGGUCCAAUAUGUUGGAAAUUAAGCUGCUUUACUCCUGGGGUGGCUGACAGACCAAGGAGAGGAUGUGUCCCUCCUCUAGUCACAAGCCAGUUACAUGUUCUACUAAUAAAUUUGUGUGUGUGUGUGUGUGUGAGAGAGAGAGAG